UGCAUGUCGGGGGGCUCAUCCGUUCAUACGAACGCAGUAGUACUUAUUUUGGCGGAGUGGAGGCGUGUGUAUUUUUGAAUAAACUGGAUUUGAAGUCUCUUAAAGCACAGUAUUCCAGGGCUGCGGAAAAAUGAUGUUGCCCAUUUAAGAAUUUGAAGCCUUUCCCGCGAAGGCUUGGCUAUUCAUUUCAGGGGGGUGUGUUGUCGCCCCCUAGAGGUAGUAUUGGCUUAUCCACGGCUGACAAGGUUUUUUUUCCCUUCGUCUUCAUAUUCAGAACGAGGCUGGAAGGCUGUGCUGCAUUCCGCUUCAUUCAUGUUAAGGAGCAGCAGAUACGCUGUGGUUAGUAGCUCCUUCUCGGAAAGAAUCAGCCACGAGUUUUGGAAUGUAAUUAUGGCAAGGAUACCAAUCCCGGGAUCGCUUGUAUUCGGGAUCUCUGUUUUGUUGCUGCAGAUGCUCCUGAUGAUAUAGAUGACAGAUCCAGACAAAGAGAAAAGGACGUUGGAUCAAUAGUCCCUCCCCUACCCUUGUUUCCCUUCCCUUCCAUUCCUCACGCCUUUCCUCGUCAACUGGAACUCAUCUGACAGUGGAAGGAGAAAGUGGUACACAAGGGGGAGCAAAUAUGAAACCACUUCCUUGCAAAAGGCUUUACUUGUCUUUCCUAUGGAACUUGCUGUUUUUGGGAGUGACUGUCUCAUCGAUGGUGACUGGGAGCCCGAAACUGUUCAAAACGUUCUCGGUCAGUGACUGGGGUUUAACUCAUUUGGUGAUCCACAAUAAAACUGGCGAUGUGUAUGUUGGUGCUGUGAACCGGAUUUACAAACUCUCCAAUAACCUUACUCUGUUAAGAACUCACAUGACCGGCCCGGUAGAUGACAAUGAGAAAUGUUACCCUCCACCCAGUGUGCAGUCAUGUCCCCAUGGCUUAGUAAUUACCAACAAUGUCAACAAAUUGCUGCUUGUGGACUACACUCAGAAUCGCCUGAUUGCUUGUGGCAGCGCCUCUCAGGGUAUCUGCCAGUUUUUAAGGCUUGAUGACCUGUUCAAGCUUGGAGAGCCUCACCACCGAAAAGAACACUACCUCUCUAGUGUCAACGAAUCGGGUACCAUGUCUGGGGUCAUCAUUAAAGGCACCAAUGAGAUGAACAACAAACUGUUCAUUGGGACGCCCAUCGAUGGCAAGUCGGAAUACUUUCCUACCCUCUCUAGUCGAAAGUUGAUGGUGAAUGAGGAGAAUGCUGAUAUGUUCAGCUUUGUCUAUCAGGAUGAGUUUGUUUCCUCCCAGCUAAAAAUCCCCUCGGACACACUGUCCAAGUUCCCUGCUUUUGACAUUUACUACAUCUACAGUUUCAGCAGCGAGCAGUUUGUGUAUUACCUUACCCUUCAACUGGAUACCCAACUGACCUCCCCUGAUGCCAGCGGGGAGCAGUUCUUCACGUCCAAAAUUGUGCGUCUCUGUGUCGACGACCCCAAAUUCUACUCCUAUGUGGAGUUUCCAGUUGGAUGCACCAAAGAUGGAGUGGAGUACCGACUCAUUCAGGAUGCCUUCCUUACCAAGCCUGGCAAGCAUUUGGCCAGGUCACUGGGGAUAUCGGAGAAAGAGGACAUCUUAUUCACGGUCUUCUCACAGGGUCAAAAGAACCGGGCUAAACCUCCUAAAGAGUCAGCAAUGUGCCUAUUUACUUUGAGGAAAAUUAAGGAGAAAAUUAAGGAGCGGAUUCAGUCGUGUUACAAGGGAGAUGGAAAGUUGUCCCUACCCUGGCUGCUGAACAAGGAGCUUGCCUGCAUUAACUCGCCUCUUCAGAUUGACGACAAUUUCUGUGGGCAAGAUUUUAAUCAGCCACUGGGCGGGAUCAACACCAUUGAAGGAAUCCCCUUGUUUCUCGACAAAGAUGAUGGAAUGACUUCUGUGGCUGCCUAUGAAUACCGAGGGAACACCGUUGCCUUUGCUGGGACACGGAAUGGCAAAAUGAAAAAGAUUUUGGUGAACUCUGUGAAUCCAGCACAGCCAGCUCUUAUGUAUGAGAAUAUCGUUGUGAGUGAAGGAAACCCCAUCUUGCGGGACCUUCUCUUCAGUCCGGAUUUCCAGUACAUUUACACCAUGACGGAGAAACAGGUGAGCAGAGUGCCCGUGGAAAGCUGUGAACAAUACAAGAGCUGCACCGAGUGUCUUGGGUCCAAGGAUCCUCACUGUGGCUGGUGUGUCCUCCACAACAUUUGUUCCCGCAAAGACAAGUGUGAUCGUGCAGACGAGCCCCAGCGCUUUGCUUCUGACCUGCGCCAGUGCGUCGAACUCAGCAUCCAGCCCAAGAACAUCUCCGUCACCAUGUCGGAGGUCCAGCUUGUUCUUCAGGCACGCAAUGUACCCGACCUCACCGCUGGUGUCAACUGCACUUUUGAAGAUUUCACAGAGACCGAGGGACAGAUUGAAGGGCCUUUUAUCUACUGCUUGUCUCCAUCUGCUAAGGAUGUCAUCCCUAUUACAAGGGGACAGGGGGACAAGCGUAUUGUGAAACUAUAUCUAAAAUCCAAGGAAACCGGGAAGAAGUUUGCCAGCGUUGACUUUGUAUUUUACAACUGCAGCGUUCACCAGUCGUGCCUGUCAUGUGUGAAUGGGACCUUUCCAUGCCACUGGUGCAAAUACCGACAUGUUUGUACUCACAAUGCUGCAGACUGCUCUUUCCAAGAAGGUCGAGUCAAUGUGUCUGAGGACUGUCCACAGAUCCUACCAUCCACCCAGAUCUACAUUCCAGUGGGGGUUGUGAAGCCGAUCACACUUACUGCCAAGAACCUUCCUCAGCCACAGUCUGGCCAGCGGAAUUACGAGUGCAUCUUCCACAUCCAGGGAGCGGUCAUCAGCGUCACGGCUCUGCGCUUUAAUAGCAGCAGCAUCCAGUGCCAAAAGACAGCGUAUUUCUACGAGGGUAACGAUAUCAGCGAUCUUCCAGUUGAUUUGUCCGUGGUAUGGAAUGGGAACUUUGUUAUCGACAAUCCAAGAAAUAUUCAAGCCCACCUGUACAAGUGCAGUGCCCUACGGGAGAGUUGUGGCAUGUGCCUGAAGGCUGAUCCUCGCUUUGAAUGUGGCUGGUGCGUUCAAGAGAAGAAGUGUUCCUUACGGCAGCACUGCUUACCCCCUGAAAACAGCUGGAUGCAUGCCAGUGCUGGAAAUAGCAGGUGCACUGAUCCCAAAAUUCUGAAGCUGUCACCAGAAACUGGGCCUCUGCAAGGCGGCACCAAGCUUACCAUCACUGGCGAGAAUCUGGGCCUCACCUAUCAAGACAUUAAGUAUGGAGGAGUACGGGUGGGAAAGGUGCAAUGCACUCCCAUUUUGGAGGAAUAUGUCAGUGCUGAACGGAUUGUGUGUAUAAUCGAAGAUGCCACUGGAUACAGGAUUCAGGACGCCCAUGUCGAAGUGUGCGUGCGUGACUGCAGUGUGGACUACCGUGCUGUUUCUCAAAAGACCUUUACUUUUGUGACUCCAAACUUCUUCCGGGUAAACCCAUCUAGAGGCCCCUUAUCUGGAGGGACGCGCAUCACAAUUGAGGGAAACCAUCUUAGUGCCGGCAGUGCAGUGACCGUCAAUAUUGGUCUGAACCCCUGCAGAUUUAUCAGGAGAUCAGCUCGAGAAAUUGUAUGUAUAACUCCUGCUGGUCAAAAUCCUGGAGGAGCCCCAGUGAUGGUCAAUAUUAACUGGGCAGAGCUGCGGAACCCUGAGGUCAAGUACAACUAUACUGACGAUCCAACCAUCUUGAGAAUUGAACCAGAAUGCAGCAUUGCCAGUGGUGGAACACCUCUGACCAUAACCGGAACCAAUUUAGGCACCAUCAAGGAUCCCAAGAUCAGAGCUAAAUAUGGCAUUGCAGAAAGCAUCAAUAACUGCACCGUCUUCAAUGACAGUACCAUGGUUUGCUUGGCUCCUUCUGUCAAUCGUACCGACAAGAUCAUCUCAGAGAAUGGAGACCGGCCUGAUGAGAUCGGCUUCAUCAUGGACAACGUGCAAUCCUUACUUGUCAUCAAUUCAACAUCUUUCGUUUUUUACCCUGAUCCAGACUUUGAUGAGCUUAGCCAGUCUGGAGUUUUGGAACUCAAACCAAGCUCACCUCUUAUUCUCAAGGGUCGGAACCUGAUACCACCUGCCCCCAGCAACUUUCGACUCAAUUACACAGUGUUCAUUGGUGACACACCCUGCGUGCCUACGACGUCGGAGACUCAGCUUCUCUGUGAGUGGCCAAACCUCACUGGUCAGCAUAAAGUCACAAUUAAAGCUGGAGGUUUCAAGUAUUCCCCUGGAGUAGUACAGAUCUACUCUGACAGCCUUCUAACUCUGCCGGCAAUAAUUGGCAUUGGUGGUGGUGGUGGUCUGCUCCUUCUCAUCAUCAUAAUUGUCCUCAUUGCAUACAAACGCAAAUCUCGUGAUGCAGAUCGCACCCUCAAGCGUCUCCAGCUUCAGAUGGACAACCUUGAAUCUAGAGUAGCUUUAGAGUGCAAAGAGGCUUUUGCAGAGCUUCAGACUGAUAUCCAUGAAUUGACAAAUGACCUGGAUGGAGCAGGAAUUCCUUUCUUGGAUUACCGGACUUACGCCAUGCGUGUGCUUUUUCCAGGGAUUGAGGAUCACCCUGUUCUCAAAGAGAUGGAGGUGCAGGCAAAUGUUGAAAAAGCCCUGACCUUGUUUGGACAACUACUAAAUAAGAAACACUUUCUUUUGACUUUCAUUCGAACCCUGGAGGCCCAACGAAGCUUCUCGAUGCGCGACCGAGGCAACGUGGCUUCACUCAUCAUGACUGCCCUCCAAGGCGAGAUGGAAUAUGCUACUGGCGUCCUCAAGCAGCUCCUCUCUGACCUCAUCGAGAAAAACCUGGAGAGCAAAAACCACCCGAAGCUGCUCCUGAGGAGGACUGAAUCGGUUGCAGAGAAGAUGCUGACAAACUGGUUUACCUUUCUGCUCUACAAAUUCCUGAAGGAAUGUGCUGGGGAGCCCCUCUUCAUGCUGUAUUGUGCUAUCAAGCAACAAAUGGAGAAAGGACCUAUAGAUGCCAUUACAGGUGAAGCCCGGUACUCCUUGAGUGAAGACAAACUCAUUCGACAGCAGAUUGACUACAAGACGCUGACUCUCCACUGCGUAAAUCCAGAAAAUGAAAAUGCCGCAGAGGUCACAGUGAAAGGGCUCAACUGUGAUACCAUUACUCAGGUGAAAGAGAAAAUACUGGAUGCUGUUUAUAAAGGAAUGCCAUACUCCCAGAGGCCUAAAGCCGCGGACAUGGAUCUUGCAGAGUGGAGGCAGGGGAGAAUGGCGCGCAUCAUUUUACAGGAUGAAGAUGUGACAACCAAGAUUGACAAUGACUGGAAAAGAUUAAACACGCUGGCUCACUACCAGGUUAAUGACGGGUCCAUAAUUGCUUUAGUUCCAAAGCAAAACUCUGCAUAUAACAUCUCCAAUUCCUCUACUUUCACCAAAUCCCUUAGCAGAUACGAGAGUAUGCUUCGUACUGCCAGCAGCCCAGACAGCCUGCGCUCCCGCACACCUAUGAUCACGCCGGAUCUGGAGAGCGGCACGAAGCUCUGGCACCUGGUCAAGAACCAUGACCACACGGAUCAACGUGAAGGCGACAGAGGUAGCAAAAUGGUUUCAGAAAUCUACUUGACACGUUUACUGGCAACCAAGGGUACCUUACAGAAGUUUGUGGAUGACCUUUUUGAGACGAUAUUCAGCACAGCACACCGUGGCAGUGCCCUUCCUCUAGCCAUCAAGUACAUGUUUGACUUCUUAGACGAGCAAGCGGAUAAACACCAGAUCACAGACUCGGAUGUUCGACACACCUGGAAGAGUAACUGCCUACCUCUCCGAUUCUGGGUAAAUGUAAUCAAAAACCCCCAGUUUGUGUUCGACAUUCAUAAGAACAGCAUUACAGAUGCCUGCCUGUCAGUGGUGGCUCAGACUUUUAUGGACUCAUGCUCAACAUCAGAGCAUAAACUAGGGAAGGAUUCACCCUCCAACAAGCUUCUCUAUGCGAAAGACAUUCCAAACUACAAAAACUGGGUCGAGAGGUACUAUUCAGAUAUUUCCAGAAUGCCAGCAAUCAGUGAUCAGGACAUGAGUGCCUACCUGGCCGAACAAUCCCGACUACACCUGAGCCAGUUCAACAGUAUGAGCGCUCUGCACGAGAUUUACUCCUACAUUGUCAAGUACAAAGAUGAGAUCCUCUCAGCUUUGGAAAAAGAUGAACAAGCCCGGAGGCAGAGGCUGAGGUGCAAGUUGGAGCAGGUCAUAGACACCAUGGCUCUGAGCAGCUGAAGCUUUGCUGGCACUGUUGAACUGACAGGAGAAACUUCUCGAACACAGAUUCCAAAUUGCGUGGGAAACUGAAGCAGUGCACUCUGGAUCCCGCAGGGCUGGGCAUAUGUAGCCUGUCUCAAGUAAAAAAUGUGUUUCAAAUGCUACAAACGUUUCAAGGACAAAUUUUUAAACACGCUUGAAUAGCAAAGGCGAAGAACUGCUGAGGCAUGGCGCAUUUUGUGACUAUGGGAGUGGUUCCUCUGGUCAUGUGAUCCAAUCACGUGGUAAAGCCUGGAUGGGACUUGAAUCUCAAGGAAUUUUUUUUUUUUUUUUUUUUUUUUUUUUUUUUUUUGUGGUUUUUGUUUGCAUUUUUUUUUUUUUUUAUUGUACUUAACUGCCCACUCUCUCCGGCUUCCUGCCACUAGUGUUGCUGCUGAAUUUGCACAAUUUACAAGAAUUUAAAGAAUGAAUAAAAUGCAAUUGAGUUUUUAAAGAAACAAAAUUUUAAGUAAGAAAAAAAAAACUUUUCGAUUUUAAAAUAACAUUAUGAAUUGAGUUCCAUAAGCUUUGAUAUUUUAGAGAAAGAAAAAAAAAUGUCCUGUGCCAUGUUUUAUUUGAAUGUUGUUUAGUGCAAAGACAUUUUCUUAGAUGAAAAAAAAAAUUAAAAACAAUGUGCUAUAAUUUUUAAUGUUAACAUGCCUAGUGACUUAAAAAUUCUGGAAGAAAAGUAAAAACAAAUGGAAGCAAGAACGAAUAAACCUGAUGAGGCAGGCCCUGGCUUUUGAAAAUAUGUAGGAAUUGUACAUUGUAAGUAAAUAGGUUGUACUGUAUGCUUUUUAUUUGCACCAGCUCCCAUCAUUAAGCAAAAGGUGACAAACAAAAUCUUCUUUAGACGAAUACCAGAAGCUUCCAUAACAUGAAGGAACUGAUCACUUCUGACAGCUGCCUUUUUCAACUCGGAUCAGCUGGUUUUAUUGAAAUACAAUAAGCUCAUGGAUGUUUUUUAAUAUUUUUUUUUUUAAGAAUUCUAUAUAUCACCAACCUUCAUGACUCAGCCGACUUUACAGUGUUGCUAAAAUAGCAAAUAUAUGAAUUUGAAUAUAACCGAGAUGACGGAUCUAUUAGAGAGCAACUCCCUGUUAGGUUUUCUUUUUAUUUCCAAUCACACAAGGCGCACACCCAACAUUUUGCAGUAUUAAAAGUUAUACGGCGUAAAUGAAAAGACAGAACAUUUAAAAGCACCCGUAAGCAACUGUGAAUGUACCCGAAAGCUGUGAGGAAGAUGAAGAAUUGUACCACAUAGAAAGAUUACUUGAACGUUGGAAUGCUCGCCCUUUGGAUCUUGCAGUGGACAGUCGGUGUUUGAGCAACCUAAUGAGGUCACACUCUAGAGGACCCAGUAGACUAAAAGGAAGCCGACUCCGUUAAUGCAGAUUAGCUCUACGAAGCACAGUGAUAAAUUAAGGAAGAUUGUGCUUGCUGACAGAAGGAUCUGAAGAACGAGGCUUCCUUGAAAGAAAAAUCUAUUUAUCAAGACGGUUCAUGGGCUCAGGUCUGAUAAUCCCAUUAUCCCACAGCCCGAAGUCAUCAGAUGACCGUGUGUGCCGCGAGUGAUAAGACCGUACUUUAGGAGGCUUCACGCAGGACGACGUGAAAGUUUGACAUUGUGGUGUUUUGCUUUUUAAUAGUGUUUUUGUUUCCCCUCUUGCCUAAAUUAGGCAGAUCUUUGAUAGUGGUUUAACUUUGGGUUUCCUUCGAUUUUUGCUUUUCUUUCUCAUCUUACCAUAUAGUAUAUGUGGAUCUGGAUUUGUAGUAUAGUUAGCAUGGUCACCAGUUCCUUGUAGAUAGAAAUUAAUUUAAAAUAAUAAAGGGGGGGGGGAACUAAUUUUGGAAUGAAAUUUACGGGAAUUGAGAUCCUGUAGCCUGCUCCUAUUAAAGGAAAUCUAACACGCAAAAAUCGUCUACUCAAAGCUACUGAAUCAGAGGGGUUAUUCUACUGGAAUAGUUCAUUUAAAUCAAGAAAUCCCGAGCUCUACAUUCAAAUUUCACCAAUACCCUUCUUUUAGACACAAGCCACCAAAGAGAAAUGUAAAAGUUAUGACAAAAUAGGGGGCUUUUGAACCCUUCUUCCCAGUUUUAUUUUUUCUUUCUAAUUUUGUCUGUACCCAGCUUCCCCACAUAUUUCUUACCGUGGUGUAUCUGUAGGAAAUGCAAAAUUAGGGAAAUUCUGCUCUUUGUUUUAAAUUAUCGUGUUGGCUUUAUUUUCCUCUAGCUUUAUUUCUGUUAAGAGAUUUGUUCAAGUUAGGUACUUUGAAAAAUGAAAAGGUUUUGCUGAGAAGAGUCUGGGUUUUGAAGUGAAAGACCAAGGAUACACCUUGUAUUCCAACAUACGUGAGGCUGCAAGAAAAGCAAAUGUGAUUUCUCUUUGCCCCCAGAUGGUUAAAUACGUGCCAUAUAUACUUGCUUGUGAUUGACUGCUACAACGUUUAUUUUUUUUUUUCCUUUUCGUUUAGUUAAAAAUUGCAGUUACGUGUUAGGGCUCACCACUUUAAACUCUUCUAGUGCCAUAACAUUUAUCAGGUAGACCAGGUCGAGUGAGUUUACUUAAUGUCGAUGCAGUCUGGUCAGCCAUGUGUAGCAUCACUCAUUCAUUCAAAAUUCCUGAACUGCUGGUAUGAAUGCCUGCUCUUCACAACCUCUGCUGCACCAAUUACUUGUAAUAUAAUCUCAAUGCUUUUUUAUUUUGGGUACCCAUCACAAUGCCAGGGUCAGCUCUAGCACUUUUGCUACCCCACACGAAGCUGUAAGAGUCAUGCCCAAACCUUAGUUCUUUGUACUUUUUUCAGGAAUCGUUACGCAUAUAUAAAAUUGAAGAGCGUGUGGCAGGCUGUUGGAAGUCCCAGUGUGUGCUUUGAGCAUGCUCAUAACUGGAAUUAAUACCGAAGAGUGGUGUAGGGAUGGUGGCAUGCUCAAGGGCUCCAGCUUAUGCUUUGACCACGCUCAAAUACAGUAUUAAUAUCGAAGAGUGUAGUCUCCCUUGUUGUUUCGAUUCUGCCGAUCUUCUGAUAAUUGAUCAAACACCCAGGUUUCCUUCUUGGUGUUUUAAGCUCAGAGAUAUCGAAUCUAAGAAGGUGGGUUCCCCUUUGGUGUUUGAACCAAUUAUGGGUAAGUCAAGAUCGAUAUUAAUUAAAAAAUGCAACCCCGCAAAAUUUGUCAUCCUAGAUGACCAUAUAAUUCACCUAUAUGGUAGAGACUGGCAUGCUUUCUCUAGGACUUCUUUUAUUUGUAUUUCGUGCAUUUAAGCUUUGGGCAGCAUAAUUGAUCUCAUUGGUGCUUCGUAGACGUCUGUAAUGAUUGCCAGCCCGAUCACUGCAUGUAUCUUUUAAUUCUCCCAAUGAUCAUGUAGGUUCUUCCAAAAUCUCGAUGUUAGGUGGAUUGCCCCGAAUGUUUUGUAAUGAAUUGACAUUCCGUGAUGGACGGUCCAUCCUUGAACCUCACGCAUCGGGGUGAACUGUGGCUCCCUACAAUAGUGGAGCACAGUUAAUCAAUAUUUUAGUCUUACUAGUAUAAAACCAGAUUGACGUAAAUUCCAAAUAAUCUUUUCUUCAUGUACCUGCUGAUUGUAUUUGUAAGGGCUGUUAAGUGGCUAAUUCAUUUAAUAUCUACUAAAAAAAAAAAUCCUUUUUUGAGCCACUCCAUCACUUCAUGUGUUAUUCACAAUCCCCUCGAGAACCUAACCAAUAAGUGAUUUAAGAUUUAUUUGACAUAGUCCAAAUUUCACAUUACUGUUACACCCGUAACUGAAAUGGCACAAUUAAUUCUGAUUUACAGUUUAUUACGUUACAUUAGAAAGUGAGUAAAUUAAAAGCUGAGUGCAAACUGAAUGUACAGUAAAUCUCUUCUUUGCUUACAGGCAAUGGUGGCAUUUAGAUCUGACUGACAGCAGGACUCGCUAGGACUCAAAUUUCUUUUUUAGCGCUGUUGUUUCCCGUUGUUUCUUUAACAAUUUGUCACCAUUGCAGCACAGAUGACAGUCAAUUGUUGGUCAAAAUUCAAAUUUUGUAACUGUGAAGCCAGAACUUCUCUUUUGGUUUUCUUUGGACAGAACUCAAUUUCAGCUUCUGCUCCUGCUAUCCAGGAGCAUAGCCUGGCCACCUUCAAUGAUACGACCAGCAUAAUGGUCAUCCUAAAAACCAAACUCCAUAGCCUAGCAAUUUGAUGGCCAGUUAAUUAUCACAAUUAUUAUUAUUGUUAGCAAAUCAGUCCAGUGUUCAUUUUGUAGCAGUCAAUCAUCAACGCAGAACCAUCUUUGACAUUAGCUUGGUGGUUUUAAAAUUUGAAGUCUCAGGUUUUGUGUUUCUCUUUUUUUAUUUCACUUUAUUUUUCCCUUUCUUUCCUAGAUGGGAUGGGGGGGAGGGGGCGUUGAAGCUGGACUGGGGUUGGGGGUAAAUCGGUUUAUGCGGAUUAUUGCAUGUUUUGCUCUAUUUUAGGUACUCGAAGAAAAAAUAGUUGAGAGAACUGGUUCUUAUUUUGUAUGUGUGAGUGUGUGCGCGUGUUUUUCAGGUUUAUUUAAUUUUCACUUGUAUAAAGUAAGAGACUUAAUUUCAUUUAGACGUUCAAAAAUAUUGUGCAUUGUACAAAGGACAGCUGGUUUUUGUUGCAUCCUAAAGUGGAAAUAAUCAAAAAGAAAGGAAAGUGCUGUUAAGAGUCACUUUAGCUUUGUCGCUGUGGCUGCAGAAAUAUUUUUUUGUUUUCUUUUUUUUUUCUUCAUGCGACAGAAGCAGUUAUUGUUGUAAACCGCGGCAUCACUGACGCGGCCUGCCGGUUUAUUUAUUUAUGAUUUGGUUCUCUUUGCCACUUCAUCCAAAAGUGUUUCUCGGCUUUGACGCACAGAACCUCCGCUUUGCACAGUGCCUUGUCAGCCAAGUACAUCUCGACAUUGUUUCUGCAUUUGCCGCAGUUCUAUAUGCCUGAAAACCACAAGCUGCUGUUCUUUCUUUCCUUACAAAUCAAAGUGUUUUUUUUUUUUUUUAGUUUCAUAAAUGUAUUUUUUUUUUUUACCUGAGAAUUAUGUUCAUAUCACAAAAACAUUUCCAAAAGUAAGCCUUUAACAGUGCGCAUCCUUUCUUUUUUUUUAAAAGAACAUGGCAAAUUAAAAAUUAGCGGUCCUUUUGAAGUAUAGGAACAAAGAAAACAAUGGAUUUUAGUACUAUAAGAAUACUGAGAAAUUGCUUAAAUUGUUUCAGACUUGAAGCAACUGUGACAAGUUGGCUGUUUAACGCUCAUUGUGUAAAUAUCCUGCUGUUUCCUAUUUUGCAGAUUUACUACUUGUAAAUAAACACACGCAUCAAGGAGAGAUUAAACAUUUUUUUGCUACAAAA